AUGGGAACAACUUUAGAAAAUCGAACAACAUUCAAUACUGAUGGAUCCUCUGAAAAUUCAAAAGAAAUUUAUGAAAAAAAUCGUGAAUGGACUGCAAUGGAGGAAAGAGAAAAAAUUCUCAGCACUCAUUUUAUUCGUAAAUAUAUUUAUAUGGCAAAAGAAUUAAAACCAGUAUUGAGUGAAGAAGCAUCAACAUUUAUUUCUGAGCGUUAUACAGAAUUGCGUUCUGCAGAUAUGGGAAGGACUGACAUGGAAAGAACGAUGCCAGUAACUGCACGUCAAUUAGAAACAUUAAUUCGACUUUCGACUGCUAUAGCAAAAUCGCGUUUGGCAAAAAUAAUUGAAUUAAAAGAUGCUAAAAAGGCUUAUGAAUUGUUAUAUUUUGCUUGUUUUAAGGAAAAAUCAAAAGAGCGUUUAGAAUAUGAAGAACAUAAACAAAAGAGACAACAAUCAAAUAUUCGAAAUAAUUCAAAAAGUCCAAAUGAAGUUGAGAUAGAUGAAGAAAUUGAAGGGAAUGAUGAGCAGGAAUCAACAACUACAAAAGAGACAAGUACUCGAGCAAGUCGAUAUGCCAAAAGAAAAUUGACAGUUUUUGAAGAAGAAGAGGAGGAAGAAGAAGAUGAAGAAAAUAAUGAAGGUGGAAAUAAGACGACAACAGAGCAACAACCAACAAAACGUUCAAAAAUCCCAGCUGUUAUUUCUGUUGAUCGUUAUAAAAAAUUGAAAGGAUUUUUAAGAAGAGCUUUUGAUGAUUUAAAUAUUUCAGCAAAUGAAUUGGCCAAUUUGGAAGAAAUUGAAAAAUAUAUUCAAAAAUUGGCAGAAAAUCAACCAUUUACAAAAGAUGAAUUUAAAGCAGCUUAUGACCAAUUAUCUGGAGAAAAUAUUAUUUUUAUUGAUGAUGAACAAAUUAUGCUUAUCUAAAAAAUGGGGAAUUGGAUUUUUUGUGGGUUUAUUUUAAAUUAUUUUUUUACAUUUUAUACAGUCAGACCUCGUUUUUUGGAUACUCUCAAAGUUGAAUACCCUUCAGUUUAAGACCCCCUCUCAUAAUAAAGUUUCACCCUCAUAUCCCUUUCAUUUUAAGGUUCAAUUUUUUAACAUAAACAAUAAC